AUGCACACGUGCGCGGCGGAAUUGUCAUACUGGCCCCUCAAGAUGCAUCGAGCCCUUCAGGAGGCUGCUGAGGAGGGUAGCUGCGCGGAUCUCGAGUACGAGGGAGACCUCCAAGGGGAGACGCAGUGGGUUUCCCAGAAAUGCUGCGCCUCCUUCCCAGCCUCAGUCUGCAACCCCACGGCCAAGAAGAUGACGCCGUGCAAGGACGAAGCGGACUUUUUGCCAGGCAACUUCCUGCACGAGUGGUGCGAGUUUAAGGGGACGGUCCCGGAAACAUGCGCCACGACAAAGGGCUGCCAUGCCGGGGAGGGCUGGUGCCACUGCGACAACUCCGAAGCCUGCACUGCUGCUGGGGGAGCCUGGAAGCAGUGGACCUGUGAUGCGGCAGUUCAAGAAUGGGACUCCGAGAAACACCUAGCGGUGCAGAGUGCUGCCACGGGCAGCUGCGAGGAUGUUGAUUGGCACGGACAGCCGAUGUCGGUUGCGUUGCAGCACGAGUCCUCGAAGUGCUGUGCCUCCUACCCGGCCUCUGUUUGCGACCCCACCGCCAAGAAGAUGACGCCGUGCAAGGACGAAGCCGACUUCAUGCCGUCGAACGUUUUGCACGAGUGGUGUGAACUCAAUCCGAUUCCCAAUGCCAGCACCUGCGCGAGCCACGGGUGUCACGGGGACGGCAGCUACUGCCAUUGUUCCAGCCAUACCAGCUGCGCGUCGGUUGGUGGGUCAUGGAAGACGAGCACCUGCGCCGAGGACCUUGGCCAUAAGGAUGUUGCAUGGCACCAGGCUGUGGCGCAGGCCUCCGACGAGGGCACCUGCGCGGAGUCCAGAGUGCACGACAGCACCGUGGAGGACGCGAUCUCCUGGAGCAGUCGGAAGUGCUGCUCUUCUUACCCCGCCAACGCUUGCCACAAGGGUUUGAAGAAGAUGACGCCAUGCAAGGACGAAGCCGACUUCAUGCCGUCGAACGUUUUGCACGAGUGGUGCGAGUUUCACGGGACGGUCCCGGAAACAUGCGGCACGACAAAGGGCUGCCAUGCCGGGGAAGGCUGGUGCCACUGCGACAACUCCGAAGCCUGCACUGCUGCUGGGGGAGCCUGGAACCAGCGGACCUGUGAUGCGGCAGUUCAAGAAUGGGACUCCGAGAAACACCUAGCGGUGCAGAGUGCUGCCACGGGCAGCUGCGAGGAUGUUGAUUGGCACGGACAGCCGAUGUCGGUUGCGUUGCAGCACGAGUCCUCGAAGUGCUGUGCCUCCUACCCGGCCUCUGUCUGCGACCCUACCGCCAAGAAGAUGACGCCGUGCAAGGACGAAGCCGACUUCAUGCCGUCGAACGUCGUGCACGAGUAUUGUGAGCUGCAUGGCGCCUCGGUGGACUCGGACACCUGCACGGCCCACGGCUGCCGCAGCAACCAUGGCCAUUGUCAUUGCGACUCGCAGCCAGGUUGCGAGGGGGUGGGUGGCACGUGGAAGGUGACCAGCUGUGAGAUGGAGAUCGGCUACUGGGAACCCGCGAAGCACAAGGCCUUGCAAGAAGCUGAGGAGAGCGGCACCUGUGGUGUCGACAACAUGUACGGCGAUCUGGCCAUCAUGAUCGACCAUGCCGCCACGAAGUGCUGCGCCUCCUUCCCCGCCACGCUCUGCGACAAGACCGCCCGCCACAUGACUCCGUGCAAGGAUGACGCCGACUACACCCCGGAGAAGGAGAUGUACGCCUGGUGCGACUUCUACGGCGAUGGAGCGGUUCUCCCUGAGGAGACGGUCUGCAACGCUCAAGAGGGUUGCUACGGUGGACAGGGCUGGUGCCACUGCGAUGGCGCGACAGGCUGCCAGGCAACGGGUGGCAUCUGGAACGCGCACACCUGCGCGAAGGAGGUGUCCCAAUGGAGUCCGGAGCAGCACAAGAUGUUGCAGAAGGCGGACGAGCACGGCACAUGCCUCGACCUUGAGGUCCAUGGUAUGCGUGCUCAGGACUUCGUGAACUGGCCGGCCCAGCAGUGCUGCAAGUCCUUCCCGGCGAGCAUCUGUGACAAGGACGUCAAGGCCAUGACGCCUUGCCUGCGCAGCCAGGACUUCGACCACAACAAGACGAUGUGGGCUUGGUGUGAGGGGCUCUACCCGGUACCUGCCGAGGCAGACUGCCUGGCACAGGGCUGCACUGGCAACGAGCACCACUGCCACUGUGAAACCGCUGCUGCCUGCACUGCCCUAGGCGGCAAGUACGUCGAGCACCAGUGCUGGCAGGACCUGCAGUGGAUGGCAGCCGAGGUUCACAAGGGCAUCGCUAAAGCCAUCGGCCAGGGCACUUGUGAGGAUGUUGAGGCACAGCAUGGCAAGCUCGAGUAUGCCGUCGACUGGCUAGGCGGGCCGCGCUUUGGUGAUUCUUCCCAGAAUAGUUGGCCCCACCAUCAUGUAGCUUUGCCUUGGUCAGGACUCUUUGUAGGACAUGUAGUCUGCUUUAUAAGGAUCUGUAGAACGAAGUUCAGAGCACCUUUCAGCCUGAACCCUAAACCCUAA